AUGGAAGCCGUGUCGCAUAAUACAGUUUAAGUUGCCGUCAGUCUACGAUAUGUCAUGUGAUAGUAUUCAUUUGUAAAAGUGUUUUUAACUAAUUAGUCUUUCACUGAAUUGUUCUAAUUUAUUUAAUGUAACAAACGCACUAUUUUAUUGAAAUAUGGGGUUGUGCAAGUGUCCGAAAAGAAGAGUAACAAAUUUAUUUUGUUUUGAACACCAUGUCAAUGUUUGUGAACAUUGCAUGGUUAUAAAUCAUCCAAAGUGUAUUGUCCAGUCGUAUAUUUUAUGGCUCCAUGAUCAUGAUUAUAAUCCAGUUUGUGCAUUAUGCUCAGUGAAUCUAAAUGAAGGAGAUUGUGUUCGAUUAACAUGUUACCACAUGUUUCAUUGGGCAUGUUUGGAUAAAUAUGGCAGAGAAUUACCAGCUACAACAGCACCAGCAGGAUAUACAUGUCCAAGUUGUAAGGAACGUAUUUUUCCAGACCCAAAAUUGGUAUCUCUUGUAGCAGAUGUAUUAUGUGAAAAAUUAGCUGGAGUAAAUUGGGGACGUGCUGGCUUAGGUUUACCCUUACUCAGUGAAGAUAGAGAACAAAAGCCAGAGCAAGAACGUCCAUCAUUAAGAACUGAAACUACUUCAUAUCAGAAUCAUGCAUUGCCAGCCACGUCACAAACAACAGCUACAUCACGUUCGAGUAGUACUGUUAAUUCAGUACAUACUAACAUAAAUAAUGUGCAUUUAAAUAAUCAAAAAGUCGGGCCGCCCUAUUCAAUUGUAAAUAUCGAUUCGUCCAUGGGAUUGUCUCAGUCAACAUCGAGAAAAGUUUGUGAAGCUUAUGAUGAUCCAAAGGAUAUAUCAUUUGAUCAUGAUGAAAAUAAAUACAGAAGAAAGUCGGCCAUUGAGUGGUUCUUAAGGUCGUGGAAAUUGAUAGUGAGUCCACCGACACGGCGUAGAAACUCACCUGGAUCAUUAUACAAAAAAUAUGCAGUGAUAGGUGUCAUGGGUAUAUUAGCUUUCAUUGGAAUGUUAAUUUUAUUUUCAUGGCUUGGCAGAAUGGCUACGGAUGGCGAUCCGAGUUACGAUCUUCGCGCGGAUCCUAACAUUAUGGUAGAUGAUAAACCGGCUGGUAUUUAAUAUACUCUGGAUCUCAAAGUAAAUUUUGAGGGAAAUCAUGGGAGCAUAACGC